AUGUCCAGGUUGGGGUCCACGAGGAAAGUGCGGCUCUGCCUGCCGAGCAGCGCCUGCGCCGUGAUGUACCGUCCGUCCACGCCCACCAGAAGGUACAGCAGGUCCUCCACGACCGUGGCCUCCUGGGAGGCCAAGGGCAGGCUGCCUUCGGCAAAGGGCACAGAGCUCCGUCACUUUCCAGCUCCCGAGAACUGCCAGGUGCUGGCCCAGCAGCCUCCCCAGAGGGAUCCCGGCUCCAGAUCCAGCGGCCUCCCUGGAGGACCCUCGCUGACCCUGCUGCCCAAGGUCAUGGUGAGGGGCUGCAUCCGGGGCUCCACCAGUACACAGGACAAAAAAGACCGGAAGCAGGAAGAGUUCUGGCUUUCAAAGUUCAGCAGGAGCCUGACUCUGCCAGCUGCCCUCGCCAACCAGGAUGCGCCACCCUCAGUGCCCGGGAGCCAGCCCCCGGCCCCAUUCUUCGCUACCCGUCGGGCGGGCAGCCGGGGCUCCCGAGGACAAAGCCGGACAGAGGUCAGGGCCCACCUGUUGCAAGUUGGGGCCGUGGCCCGCCUUGCCCCAGCCUUGGAUCCUCCAGCUCCUCAUGGAGAUCUUAGGCCCCUGGGGACACUAAGUGGGGGGCCGCACUUGCGGCCGGCGGCGGCCGGCCCCUCUUUGGCUUCUCGGGGUACUGAAGACUGGAACCGAGCAACCGUUCCCGGAUCAAGGUGGGUUCUGACCGGACCCCCCGGGGGCAGCCCGGGAUGGCGGGUCUGGGCCCUUGCACCCCCAGAGGCCACCCCGUUUGCUCCCCUUGGGAGGCUCCGCAGGGUGGGGCCUUGGGGGCGGCACAAAGAAGACUGGGGCAGCCGGGGAGAUGGCCUGGUGGACCGGGAGGGUUCUCCCUGCCAGGCGCCCCUCCGGUCUUCGGGCCGGCCCGGGCCCCCCAGCCCGCAAAGGGUGGAGGCCCGGCACAGACAGCGGGUGGCGGGCAUCUGCUUGGUGGCCUCCCGCCGGGGGCCCCAUCACGGCCGGCAGGGGCACAGAGCCCGGGCUCCCGCCGCCCCCCAGAAAGCCCGCAAGGGUCGCAGAGGCCCCGGCCCGGGAAAGGGCGCAGGCAGGCGGCACCGGGGGGGCGGGCGACCUUGGCGCGCGGAGAGGGUGCCGGCCGUGGCCGCUCCUGCGCUCCUUCUAGUGCCUGUCGGCUCCCGCCUCCGGCUCAGACACGACCCGGAAGUUGUUCCCGGACCGGAAGUGACGUUCCGAGUUUUUCCCUCCCGCCUCCGGGCUCUGACCCGACGGGGGCACAGUAGGGGAAAGAAUAGAGAGAAAUGGAGCGGCCCCCGGGCUGCUGACCCUCCCGGGCCCCGGCUCGGCUUGGGGAUAUCCUCUGAGUCACCCCCUCCCCCCGGCUACGCGCACUUCACCGCCUCGCUGCCAGAGGCCGCCCCUUUCUGCUUCGCGCCCCGGAGCCUGAGCCUGCGCCGGGACACCAGCUGUCUGAGGGUGCCCGCCUACUGCUGCCACAUCGGGGGCUGCGAUCGGGUCUUCGACUCCCUGCCGGGCUACGUGCGUCACUACCAGACGCUGCACCAGAACGCGUGCUCCUUCUGCCGCCGCUCGUUCCCCUCGGACCAGCUGCUGGACAUCCACCUCCUGGAGCGCCACGGCACCGUGCCCUCCUCGCCCACCCGGGCGGCGGCCGCACGCGAGCGCCGCCCCAUCCCCUUCUACUACCAGUGCCCGGUGUGGGGCUGCACCGACAAGUUCAUGAGCCCCGAGGAGCAGACGGACCAUCUGAUCCGCAUCCACCACUACCCCGCCCAUCUCUGGUUCGAUUCGCCCCCGGACAGCCAGAGUUCCGGCCAGCAGGGCUCUGCCUCCUCGGCCUCGGCCUCUGCGGGGUCCGCCUCCGAGGCUUCUGCGAAGGAAUCGGCCUCCGCCUCCGCCUCGGCGGCCUCGGCCUCGGCUUCGGCCGCCUCUGCCUCCCAGGGCGCUGGGGUGGGAGUAGGAGCUGGAGGGGACGGCGGCCAGGAGCCGGAGGAGGCCAUGGAGGAGACCGUGGAGGAGGAGGCUGAGGAGGAGCCGGUGGACGAGACUGAGGACGAACCGGACGAGGAGCCCAUGGGGGAGGAGGACAUGGGGGAGGAAGAGGAGGAUCCCGAGUCGGAGGCCGGCAGCGACCCCGAGCCCCCUGAGGAUGACAUCUCCAGCCUCAGCGGCCCUACACUUGGCUUUGGCCCAGGGGCGGCUGGAGGAUUCGAUAGUGCAGAGGAAAGCAAUGAGGACCACUGAGCACCUGCAGGGCUGGGCUGCCACCUGGGGCCGCGAAGCAGGACCCCUCUUCCCCCCCCCCCCUCCCAGAAGCAUGUUUUCUGGGCUUCGAGCAGCCCAGAGGUGCCUCCACCUUCAAGGAUUGGCCUGGGGGUGCUGCUUCCUUGGUCUGACCGCGAGCCCCGGCGCGUCGGGGCGGCCAAGCACCUCUCGGACCCGGCUGAGUCCAGCCCAGGCCUCUUCCCCUCCCCCCCUUGCUCACUCCUCCCCAGGAGGACCCCUCGUCUGUCUGUGUGUUUGUCUCGUCCGUCUGUGAAGCACAGGCCCCUGGUGUGCUCGCCAGGAACCCCGGGAGGACCCCCAGGCUCCUGCCCGCAGCAGCUGCGCCUGCUCCGGGCAUUCCUGGGGACUUUCUAGGGACUGCUCCCCUACCCCGUGACCCUAAAUAAAGUCUGUGUAAGCAACC